UGUGUGAGUGUGUGUGAAAAAAACGAAAAUGGACGGCUGAUAGUUUCCCGUUUUGCACGUGAACAGAUAUUUUUUUAUUAUUUUACUGCAUUGAACAAACCACCGUCAAACUGGGUGCCAAAACGGUUGAGAGAUUUCUUAGCUUAGCGGACGAUAAUUUUGUGGACGAUGUUAACGAUGACUUAAAAUGUUUUUUGUCCGAAGCAAAAGUUGACAGUGUGCUGGUGUUUCCACCGGUGAGCAACUACCGGCGCUUCCUCAUCCACCGGUGCGUGGAGCAGCUGGGCCGCCCGGAACUGGCCACCUUCUCCAUCGGGCUCAGCGACGAGCGGAGGACUGUGGUGUGCUACCGAGAUAAUCUUCUAAGUGAUGAAGCUUGCGCUCGACCGACAAUGGGCCUGAGUCAAACCGAACGGGAAGAUGCGACCAUAUCACACUCAGACGCGGCGGUGGGAGGUUGCAAGCCGGCGCAGGCGCAGCGCCUCGCGCAGCCUCAGGGAAAGAUCAGAUCUGGCUCUGCGAAACCUCGCCGCCCAGAUCGCGCAGUGUACGUGCCGCGAGCACUGCGCACCAACGACAGCAACCCACCGGACGACAGCAAACCAGAGACGAACCAUCGGCGGACCAGCCACAGCGCCGAGGGACAGAAGUGCCCCAAGUCCCCUCCGCCCAAGGAAAAGUCCUCCCACGGCACCCCCAGAAAGUCCAUCGACAAAAACUUCUGCAACGUCUACACUCCGCCGCACCUCAGGACGCAGAGAUCUCACACGGGCCCCAGUAUAGGCAACCAAGCGAGCGCGAAAGAUAACGAAUCCGUGCCUUCAGCUUGCCAAGUGCCAAAUAGUGAUAGUGCAAUAUCGUUUAGUGAUAAUAGUUUUAACGAAGUAGAAGUAGGAGAGAAUUUUUAUAUAGGAGAUUAUUUCGCGAACGGGCAGCUAGGGUUCUACAGUGCGGGCUAUUACACUGACCUAGCCGGAGCUGAGUACCCAGCGCAAAGUGAGUGGGAACCCAAUGAACCCGACCAAACCAUGGCUGUAAACGAAGUGGAUCAGAGCAAUAUUAUUGAUAGUAGCGAUUAUUUAUACAGUAAGGACGAGGAUGCAGAGAAGAAAGAGUUGAAGCGGGCGUCCCAGGAGAUCAACAGAAGUAGCAAACGUAUCAUCAAACAGAGUUUUCAUUCUGAUGUCCUAGUCAUUUCGGAUCCGGUCGAAGAGAAGGUCGACACGGAAAAAGUUGAGGUUGAGGCCGUGGUUGAAGUGAAAGAACCAGAACCGAAGAAGUCGAAGCCAAAAUUAGAAGCGAAAGUGUCGUUGAAACGGGAGGAGAACGAUUGGGAUGCAGUGUUCGAUGACAGUGGGGAGUGUUUGGAUCCGUCCCUUUUGGAGGAGUUGACUUCAACGGUGGGCAAGGUGCACAUAAGCAAGGCGAGGAACAACUACGACCAGUAUCAAACUCGUGGGCAGGCUUUGUUGAGUGGUCCGUACGAUGAGACUUUCGGGCAUGUGGUGGAAGUGUACGACUUUCCCAGUGAGUUCAAGACGAACGACCUGUUGUCAGUGUUCAGCGAGUACAAAGACACGGGCUUCGAGAUCAAGUGGGUGGACGACACGCACGCCUUGAUUGUGUUCAGCAGCGCGAAAAUUGCUGCCGAGGUGCUGUCUGCGCAGCGGCCUCUAGUGCGGUGUCGGCCGCUGCACGCCGCGACACUUGAGUCAAGGAACAAGGCCAAGAAGUGCGCAGAGUUCCUGCAGCCCUACAGACAACGCCCGGAGACUUGCACGGCGCUAGCGCGGCGGCUUGUAUCGGGAGCACUAGGGGUGCGCCUGAGCACCGCGCGUCAAGAGCGGGCUGAGGAACGCCGUCUUAUCACGUUAGCCAGGGAAAAGAAGCGGCAAGCGGCUUUGCACAAGGAGGCUGCGUGGGACGGCUCGCUCGCCAACCACUCGCCCGAAACUUGAGGUGCAGACCGUUUCACCCGGGAUAACGUCCAUCCAGACACUACGAGCUCUCAAAUAGUAAAUGAUAUUUGUUUAUGUAACGUUAACAUAGUUUUAGACAUAGUUAUUUUUUUAAAUGCUGGACCCUAGCGAAUAGAUUACGCGCAAGAGGUUCCCGCCCUUAUGCGUACGUGUCAUAAAGUUAAGUUUCGUUCGUUAGUUUAGUUUACGUUCUAGCAUAAUUUCUGUCUUGUGAUUUGACUCAAGCUUCCUGUGCAUACGACUGAUAUCAAUAUUAUGUAGUUUUAGUUUUAUAUUUUUGUUUUUAGGGGUGCUACACAUAUGAGCGGGUUAACAUUAUUUGGAACAGCUGAAGCUCAGCGGUAAAAAAAGAUAUCGAUGCGAUUUCCGAAGGGUCUAUUUAAAAUGAAAAUAAAAUAGAGGAUCCUUGAUAUAUGGUAAUUCAUCCCAACAUUCUUAUAUUCU